AACAGGCAGCUGGGCCGGGCUCGGCGCGCGGACGCCGCCCCUCCCGGAGCGGCCAUCCCGGCCCAGGCCGCGCUGCGGCCUCCGCGGCGGCACCGCCGGGAGUCCCCCGAGACUACCGCUCCCGGCAUCCCUUGCGGCGCAGCAGCUGUUUCCGGGGCGGGGCGGCGCAGCCCGCGUCCCCUCAUUGGGCGCUGCGGGAACGGAUGAGCCCGCGGGCCAAUCGCCGCGGAGCUCGGCGGGCCAAUGAGGGGCGGCGGCGCGCGGAGGGGCCUGGCGCGCGCCCCUGCCAUGGCGGCCGCGGCCCGCGCGGCGCUGCCGGGCCCGGGGCUGGAGGAGGCGGACGAGGCGGUGCGGGGCACGUGCGAGGAUGCGUCCGUCUGCAAACGGUUUGCUGUAAGUGUGGGCUACUGGGAGGACCCUUACAUCCAGUACUUUGUGAGACAAGCCAAGGAGAGAAAGGCACCUGAAAUCAACCGAGGCUAUUAUGCUCGUGUUCAUGGAGUCAGUUAUCUGAUCAAAGCUUUUCUAAAGAAGACAGAAUGCAACUGUCAAAUUGUUAAUCUGGGUGCUGGCAUGGACACCCUGUUCUGGAGAUUAAAGGAUGAAAAUCUUCUCCCUAGAAAAUAUUUUGAAGUGGAUUUUCCAAUGAUAGUUGCCAGAAAAAUACACAACAUCAAAUCAAAACCUCCCCUGUCAAAACCAAUUAUGGAAUCCCAUUCAGGGGACUCUCUUCUAAUAGACUCUCACAGCCUGGACUCCAGUCGAUAUUCCAUAGUAGGAGCAGAUCUCCGGUUCUCAGCAGAUCUGGAAGAAAAGCUAAAGAAACAUAACCUGGAUAUACAUUUGCCAACACUUCUGGUAGCAGAGUGUGUGCUGGUUUACAUGACACCUCAGCAAUCUGCAGCUCUCCUGAGGUGGGCGGCGAGCACUUUCCCGGUGGCGAUGGUUAUAAAUUAUGAGCAGGUGAAUAUGAUGGACCGGUUUGGACAGAUCAUGAUUGAGAACUUGCAGAGACGACAGUGUAACCUGGCUGGGGUGGAGGUCUGCAGGUCCUUAGACUCUCAGAGGGAGCGAUUGCUGUUAAAUGGCUGGGAAACUGCACAUGCCAUUGACAUGAUGAAAGUGUACAGCUCUUUGCCACAGGAUGAUGUCAAAAGAAUAGAAGGACUUGAAUUCCUGGAUGAAAAGGAACUGUUUGAACAACUAAUGCAGCACUACUGCAUCUGCUGGGCUUCAAAGGACAGCAGUCAUCUGGGUCUUGCGAACAUCACGUUCUAAUGUGCUGGCUGGAGGGAGGCCCUGGGCCCCGAAGCUGCAGUGACUGCCUGGUGAGACAGGGUGACAGCCAGGAGGGGACUCAGCGUGUGCCAGCCCCAGGCGGCAGCUCUGCCCGAGCGGCACGGCGGGGGGUGGCAGGGCUGCUGGGGUCCCUGCCCUGCUGGCUUUUGGUUGUGUGAGCUCAUCUUCUUUGCACCUUGUGAGCAGCUGUUGUCAGGCAAGAUUCACCUCCCGUUCCCAGAUACGUAACAACAGACUUGAAUAAGAUGUCAGCAAUCCCUGUUCCAAAGCUUGCCUUCCUUAGUUUACGACUGAAAGUGAAGUGUUGUUGGGUUGUACGAUUUUCCUCUUUCGUCUUCUUGUGGAUGUGUGAAGUGUACUUGUGGCAGGAAGCUGGCAGAACAGUGCUGGUGAGCUGCAUGGUUGGGUAUCUCAGCACUGUGCACGCUGAUCAUGAAGGUUAACCCCUGUUAAUAUUCAUUCUGUUCAGGUUUAAUUUUCAUGACGUGUCACCCUGUUAGCUGUCUCCAGGCUUUGCUGUUGCUACAAGGCUGUCACUGUGCUAGGUAUGUCCUUGUAGGGAGAGGGUGAAAGAAGGAGGGCCAUGAUUUUUGUUCAGUGAUGUACAAGAAACUGGAUGAUGUUAAAAUAGACUUUAUUUAACUGGGAAGGGCUUAUCUUGGCAGUUCAGCACUGGAAUGAUGUAAGUAAGAGAGAAAUUAACCUAAAUUUGCACUGCUGCUGGUAGUAUCUUUACACCAGUUCCUCAUUUUUCUUUAUUUCCCCUUAAAUGAAAAACAAUCCCAACAGCAACAAAAGACCUUACCCUGUUGUUUGAAAUUGAAUCUUGUAACCUUCCUAUGAGAAAAGUAAUAAAUGUUUAGUAUUUAUAA